UAAGUUUGCAUUUUGAGUGACGUGUGACGUUAACUUAACGUCGAUCGGCGUGCGGCGUUAUUUUAACGCGUGGCGGCGUAUGACGUUAAUUUAGCGCCAGGCGGCGCUUAAUUAACGCCUGGCGGCGUUAAGAAAUCGGCGUUUUAAUAUUAAUACGGCGAUCAAAAGCACGCGAAUUGUGAAACUGUUGGCUUUCGAUAGCUGUCUGGCCAUAUGACGCGCGUAAAAAACGCCGUUUUGGUUGCACAGAGCGCGCGUCUUUUACGGCGUUUUGUCUGUUGUAUAAUGAGCCCCUCCCACUGAUUUCCACUGCCGAUAAGUUUGAACUGCUCUCACCCAAUCACUGAUGAGCUGAGCCAGGAUCUAAUUCACCAUGGACUUGGUAACGUUUAUCUAAUUUGCUUUAAGAUGGCGAGAAGAGACUUUAUUUUGCGCUGCAAACGUACAUUAAAUGACUGCACUCGGCAGUUAACAGAGGAUACUGGACCCAAUGUGUUUCAGUCAACCUUAGUGAGAAUGGAAACAAUGCAGAGAAGUCUUCAAUUGGCAAGAGGGAGGCUAAUCAAUAUACCUGCAGCAGAUGAAUUACUCCGUGAUAUAGCAGAAUAUAUAGCAGAAGUUAACGCACAUAGGCAGCCUGAACGACAAACCAGUUCCAGUUAUCAGGCUCCACUUAUCUGUAGUGGAGGUAGAGGAGCACCCUAUAACAGCAUCACUAGAGAGCAACUUUCUUUUCUGAAGUCAUGUGGUUUUUCUCUUACUUCAAUAGCAGAAAUUCUGCAGGUGUCUCUGGCUACAGUUAAACGACACAUGAAGAAGUUCAAUUUGAAUCAUGCAGUGUCAUUUUCUGAGGUAUCUGAUGACGCCCUCGAUGAAAUGAUCAAGGAUAUUGUGGCUGGGAAUGACCAGCUGGGAUCUGAGGCCGUCAGAGCACAGUUACAGGCUGGUGGAGUUCAGGUACAAAGACAUAGCAUCAGGAAGAGUUUAGCUCGAAUAAACCCUAGGGCAGCUGCACUAAGGGAAAAGUCUCAAAGACCACAGAGACGAUUGUACAGAGAAGCUGGACCAAACUCUCUGUGGCACCUUGAUGGCAAUCACAAAUUGAUAAGAUGGCGAAUUGUCAUUCAUGGUGGUAUAGAUGGGUACAGUCGUCUCAUAGUCUUUCUCCGUGCCUCAGACAACAACCGGAGCAGCACUGUGUUGGAUUGCUUUUUGAAUGCUGUGGCCAUGCAUGGAGUGCCUUCUAGGGUCAGAACAGAUCAUGGAGGAGAAAACAAUGCAGUCUGUGUCAUGAUGAACAUUUUCAGGGGCCUAAAAAGAGGCAGUGCUAUCAGAGGCAGGAGCACUCACAACCAGCGCAUUGAGAGGCUCUGGGGUGACAUGUGGCGGGGAUUUAACAAUGUAUAUUAUAAUCUUUUCAACUUCCUUGAGAGUGAAGAUAUAGUGGACAUAGACAAUGAGAUGCACUUAUGGGCUCUUCACUAUGUCUUCUUACCAAGGAUCAACAGGGACUUGACUGCCUUCACCCGGCAAUGGAACAACCAUGGGUUGAGAACAGAAAGACAUCAGACCCCCUUCCAGAUUUUUGUCAGAGGCUGCUUGGAGCAACAAGGACAAAGCAGCACAGCAAUGCAGGACAUUUUUGGCACAACAUCCCGGCCAGCAGAUGAAAAUGACACAACAUCUGAACAAGGACAAACCACAUCAGGAAGGCAGGGGGCAGCAAUGGUUGACUGGCCAGAGAGAGUAGCAGUACCACAAAAUCGCUACACUUUGGACAAUGCAACCUUUGAGCAACUUGCUGCACAAUUUGAUCCGCUUGGUGGUGCGAGAGGAGAACUUGGACUGGACAUAUUUUGUAAUGUUUUGUCUUUUUUGGCUUCUAAUAAUCAAUAGUAUAUGACAAGUUCAUCACAAAAUAUAACUAGUUGUAUAUAGCCGUAGGUUGUAUAUUGUAAUUGACUUUUAAAGGACUAAACAGAGCUAACCUUGUUAAUUUACUAAGAGUAUGUUCUAUUAUGUUAUUGCUUUCGUGGCUUUUUAUUUUGUCUCACCAAAAAGCAUCCAGUUUUCAGAUUUUGUUCACCGUUUAACAUUGUAUAACCCCACUAAAUGCUGAUGUAGCUGUUAUAAUAUGUAAAUAUGAAUUUGUGAUAGUCAUUUUAAUUUAAUGUUAAUGUGAAUCAAAAACGAUGUUAAGAUGUUCUAGAAUGCUGGUAAAAUAAAAUGGCCCAGGCCCCACA